AUGUCUAUGACAUCCAUGAAAGAGCCACCUCUCUCUCGUCGCAAAAGGCCCACUUCUCAGCCCAAGAAGCUCAAGCUGGUGUGCAGCUUCAAUGGCGCCUUCCAGCCUAGACCACCUUCCGGGAAGCUCCGGUACGUCGGUGGCGAAGCCAGAAUUGUAUCCGUUGACCGAAACAUCGGGUUCUCGAAGCUCCGAUCAAAGAUUUUGGAUCUUUGCCCCAAUAUUAAUCCCUCGUUUACCCUCAAAUACCAGCUUCCCGGUUCGUGCUCCGACUCCGAAACCUCCCCUCUCGUCCUCAUCGUCUCCGACGACGACGUUCGGUGCAUGAUCGACGAGUACGACAAGCUCGAGCUCGACGGUAAGUCCGCGAGGCUCUGGGUCUUUGUUUGUAGCAAUGGCAACGAUAAUCUUAAUGUUCAAGUUAAUUGCGUGAAAGGAGUCAAAUUCAGUGAUGGGUUUGAGUCCGAGAGCCCAAAUAUUGAGACCCAUCAUUUGGGCGGGGCUCCGAUAGAUGAUAAGGUGGCGGUUAAAAACCCAGGGGCUGUACGGUAUGGUGAUGAGUCGCUGAGGAAGAUGGUGUUGAAACAGCAAUUGCUAGCAAAGCAAUCGGCUUUAGGCCGUGGUUUUGGUGUUAAUGAGAGUGAUAUGGAAAUGGGUUGCUUUGGCGAGAGCCAAAAGUGUGCUUCAUAUGAACGUCCACCUAUAGAUUUAGGCCCUGAACAGCAAGUCUCGAUCAACAGAGACUUGUUGGCUAACAGAGUAGGGAGUAACUGGGGUAAUAAUCAAGUGCAGUUUUCAGUGUCUCGGUCCAGUCUAUUGAAUCCCAGAUAUGGGAAUUUGCAUGUUGAAACAGAUAGUUCUGGGCAGUGUUGUUCGGCGAGGUCGGGUCAGGUUUUCUGUAAUGGGGUUGGGAUGUAUAGUCAGUCAGUCCCUGCAACACAGUGUUCGAAACCAAUGAAUUGUUCUUCGGGUAUGAAACCAACUUGCAAUUGUUGUAAUGCUAAGAAAGAUUUGGGAAACUCUGGAGUGGCUGGGAUUAGCUAUCUGAACAGAGAGAACGUUAAGCCUUGGGAAGCCAAUUGUUAUUCAGUGAAGGAUCAAUUGAGUUGUCAUUAUAGUGGUGAUGCUUUGGCUGGAACUGUGUAUCCUGUCAAGUCUUCUUAUGCUGGAGAUAAGGUGUGUGGUGGCUUUAAUAGCAGCAUCCGUAACCAUAGAUUCGGUGUGAAUGAUUCUAGAAUUCAGCGGUGUUAUCAAUACCAUGUUCGGAAUCAUCAUCGGAACAACAUAGUUGAAAUGGGGAACAACAGAACAAAGCAGGGGAUUUCAGUACGGAAAUGCUACCCCGGGCUCAGGCCAAAUUCGAACAUUGCAAAGCAGGGGCAGCCUAUGAGAGCUCACAAUCUAAAUUCAUGGAAGCAUUGUUAUGGUUUUUCUGAUCAAACAAUGGAAGAAAGGGUGAGGAUGAUGGAUUCUAAUUCAGUGAAAGACAGUUACUUGAUGGAUGUCCUACGUGGUAAUGAGAAACCGAGUAAAUGGGGUGGCCCUGCAAUUUCACAGCAUAGGACUCUAAGUCCUGAGGCAUCCCUUUUAGGUUGUUAUGGUCCAUUUACUGGUGUGGUUGAUCAAUCGCUCUUGAAUCCUGAUGCCACUGAGAGUUCAUGCCCAUCUGUGAGGAGAAUGGACAUUCUGGAAGAUCUCUUAACUGGUUCUGACUUUGGGAACUGUGAAGGUCCAUAUCGGACUUCAUAUGAAAAUUUUGAUGCAGUGCCUGUCAAUUGUGACCUUGAAAAGGAGGUGCGCCUGAUGGACUCUCAGAAGGUUGCCGACACCUCUGGCUUACCCAGUGAAGUGGGAUGUGGCAUUGGAAUCAGAUUGGAAGGUGAUAGCAAGUUGCCUAAUGGAGAAGCAGUCAUCAACUCUGUAAUCAAUUGUGAAAACGGCACUAAUGGUUCAUAUAGCAGAGUUACAUCUUCAGUGAGUAUUUCUUUGCACAACCUUUCGCUGUCAUCAUCCAAAGACGCAGUUGCUCCUCAGCUCUCUUCUCAUGCUAGCAGUGUUGUGUCUUCUGAUGUCUUGCUAAAACCUCAAUCAAAGCCUAUAGAUCUCAUGGAUGAAGGACAAGUUACCUCAGGCCAUCUAGUUGAUGGAUCAAAUGGAGUUGCAUCUAAUCUUCUCUCCCAGAAUUCUGCUAAGAAAGAGAAAGAUAGCGUGCAAGAUGAGGAGGUUCAGCAGGAUCCUCCAUCUAGUAUAAGAAUUGAUGGAAAGGCCAACAAUGGAGAAAGUCUUGAAUGCUUUAAAGUAAUUGGUGGAAACUCCAGUGAUCCGGCUGCGUUUUAUACUCAUCUGGCCACUCGAGAGCUGCAGACUAUAAAAAAUUCUGACCUUGAGUUCGUAAAAGAACUUGGUUCGGGAACAUACGGAACUGUUUACUAUGGAAAGUGGAAGGGGUCUGAUGUUGCUAUAAAAAAGAUUAAGCCCAGUUGCUUUACUGGAGGCACAGUGAAGGAGGAUCGAUUGCUUGCUGACUUUUGGAAGGAAGCUCACAUACUAGGCCAGCUUCACCACCCAAAUAUUGUGGCAUUCUAUGGUGUAGUGUCAGAUGGACCAGUGAUAAAUUUGGCAACAGUGACAGAGUACAUGGUGAAUGGCUCUUUAAAACAAGUUUUGCAAAAAAAAGAUCGAACUAUUGAUCGUCGAAAGAGGCUGAUUAUAGCAAUGGAUGCAGCUUUUGGUAUGGAAUAUCUUCAUGAGAAGAGCAUUGUCCAUUUUGAUUUGAAAUCACAUAACUUUCUCGUGAAUAUGAGGGACCCUCAGCGCCCAGUGUGUAAGAUUGGUGAUCUGGGUUUAUCAAAAAUCAAGCAGAGGACACUUGUUUCUGGUGGAGUGCGAGGUACCAUACCAUGGAUGGCUCCAGAACUUUUGAACAGCAAGAACAAUUUGGUGACAGAGAAGGUUGAUGUGUACUCAUUUGGAAUUGUGAUGUGGGAACUCUUGACUGGGGAGGAACCCUAUGCAAACUUGCGCUCAAAGGAACUAAUAGCCGGUAUAAUCAAAGGCAGUCUCCGACCUGAAAUCCCAAGCUGGUGUGAUCCAAUGUGGAGAUCAUUGAUGGAGAGGUGCUGGUCAUCUGAUCCUGACUCUCGGCCACCCUUCUCAGAAAUUGCAAAGGAGCUACGUGCCAUGUCAGCUGCCAUGAACAUCAAAUGA